CGGGCGAUUGUUUACUUCCGGUAAAAAUGGCCUCGCUGACUUUCACUUUGCACCGAUUUGUUCAAAUAUUUGCAAAAAUAUCACGAGAGAAGGUCUCGAGAAAUUGUUCACAUGCUGCUUUUGCAGGAUUCCCGUCAUUCGUGAAAGUCGUAGAGGUUGGCCCCCGAGAUGGACUACAGAAUGAAAAGAUUAUGGUGCCGACAGAAACGAAAAUCAAAUUCAUAGACUUGUUGUCAGAGGCCGGGCUGCCUGUGAUUGAAGUGACAAGUUUUGUAUCUCCGAAAUGGGUACCACAGAUGGCAGAUCAUACGGAAGUCCUGGAGGGAAUCAAACAUUACCCAAACAUUUCCUACGCUGCUCUCACCCCCAAUCUGCAAGGCUUCCAAAAGGCAGUAAGUGCAAAAGCGACAGAAGUAGCAAUAUUUGGAGCAGCUUCAGAAAGCUUCAGCAGGAAAAAUAUAAAUUGCAGUAUAGCAGAUAGCUUGAAGCGAUUUGAAGAAGUAAUGAAGGCAGCUAAGGAAAGUAGGAUACCUGUAAGGGGGUAUGUUUCCUGUGUGAUGGGAUGUCCAUAUGAAGGCGAAGUGUCCCCUGAAAAAGUAGCUGAGGUAUCAAAGAGUAUGUAUGACAUGGGUUGUUACGAAAUUUCCCUCGGUGACACGAUUGGGAUUGGCACGCCUGGGGGAAUGAAGAAGAUGCUUGCUGAGGUGAUGAAAAGUGUUCCGGUCAAUAAUCUUGCCGUCCACUGCCACGAUACAUAUGGUCAAGCUCUGGCCAAUAUAUUUGCUGCUUUACAGAUGGGGGUAGCAGUGGUGGACAGCUCUGUAGCAGGACUAGGUGGCUGUCCAUACGCCAAGGGGGCGAGUGGUAACGUCGCUACUGAGGACGUCGUCUACAUGUUAAAUGGUCUCAAUAUCAAAACGGGCAUCAAUAUACAAAAGCUCCUGGAGGCCGGACAGUUUAUUUCCACGGCCAUAGAUCGCCCUACCCAUUCCAAGGUGGCACAGGCAAAGAAAUCCAGCUUAUGAUGUCAUCGCUAAUCGGGUGUCUCCUACCAAAUCUUGUCACAACAAAGACAAACGUCUCAUCUCAAAACUUCCUCAAUGAUAUCAGUUUAAAAAGUCACAAAACAAACAUUUACAGACGUGAAAAAUUCCACUUCUUACAGUAUUUCAAGAUUCAUUAUCAUUAAUUAUGACUACAGUAGAUUUCACUUAAUAUCACUUCUCAUUUGUCAUAGGAAAUGUGAUAGUUAUCAUGAUAUUUCUCAAAAAACCCCAGUGAUUUAUCAAUAAUAGACCAUAAAUGAAACAAAAGUAUGUAGAGAAGCAUUCCCUAAAAUGGAUAAUUAUAUGGUGUAUUUUCAACUACCUAGCUUAAGACAGGAUCAUUGUUUGAAUGCAGUAUUAUGGUAGUUUGCUUAACUCAUUCACCCCUGAAAUUUCAUAAUGAACUAUUCCAACCUAUGAAUUGAGAGAGUUCAAAUGUGUCCACAGGGGUGAAUGAGUUAAUCAGUUGUCGGGUUGGAUUUUCAAUGACACUUGAAAGUUUUGAUGUAAUAGUCAAACCAUGAUUGAUUAUAGAAAAUCAUGAUUGAUUAUCCGUAGUUGGAGGGGAAAUGACUAAUCAUCAAAUAAAUUCUAUGAAUUAGAACAACACUAGUUAAUGAAAUGAUAGUAUGUUUUAUCAGGUAAAUGGUAACAUGAUCAUCUAAGUACUUAGCCCUUUCACCACUGUAGACCAUACUGGACAUGUCCAUAUCAAUGCAUGGUAGAGUCUACUAAAGUUACAUAGGGGUGAAAGGGUUAAAUCAUCAGUGAUAGUGUAUGAUUUUACAAUGCUACUGUGGACUAGGAAAUUUUCGCCACAGUUUUUACUUCGGCCUUUUUCAAGCUCUGUAACGAGUGCAAAUUUAUCACGGAAAUGAAUAAUAAUACAAAGUAUACUGUGCAUAAGAAUUACAUGUGAUCGGAAAAAAAUAGCAGUGGGUAAAUAUAGAUUGCGCCAAAGAGGCCGAGAGUUUGACUGAGUGAAAUGUCCCUGGUAUACAGUAUAUCUCGUCGAUGUCAAAGAUGAUGUUUUGCCACAUUAGUGAUGUCUUCUAUACAAAAGAAUGAUUUAUAUUAAUAUAAUGGAAAAUAUUAAGAACCUGUGGCUUAUUUUCAGUGUUAAAUGAUGAUAUGUGCAGUUCUCUGUGAAGUCCAGUAUCUUCAACAAAGAAGAUUCCAUUUUUUUUCUGCAUUUUUUCUGACUUAGAGUUAUCUGCCCAUUUAUUAAAAGAAAAUAGUUAAAGAUGAAAUAAAUUUAUUUAUAACAAUUCUAUUUUUCACAAUUUUUUCUCUCUC